UAUAAAUACGGAUGUUUAAAUGAUUUUAUGCACUGAACGCAUCAACAGGGCCAUGUGUUUUAAAACUGGACAGAAAAUGGCCACAGUUUUUCUUCUACUCUCCACCGUGAUAUUGACGGUACACUGUACUCACCUCUCCCCCACGAUAGAGGACUACCAAGCCCUGACCAACAGAUUACUGGCUAACUACUCCAGCAAGAUCAGACCUAUCUGGGAUCAGAGUAAGAGCCUCCCCAUACAAGUCAGUAUGUGGUUAGCGGGUAUUAAUGACGUCAACGAUGUCGCCCAGAAAAUGGUUACCACAGCAUACCUUGCCGUCACGUGGACAGACGACAUGUUGACGUGGAAUUCAACGGAAACGGGGAUUUAUUGGAUGCAUUUUAGUCAGAAAGAUUUAUGGAUACCAGACAUUGUGUUGAGUAAUGGCUUCACAACCUUCAAACCUCUAGGUGGCGAUUUCUAUUAUCUUUUCGUGGACAGCGAUGGAUCGGUGUCUUGGUAUCCGUACAUGGUGUUUGAAUCCAAGUGUGAACUCGAUGUCUCAUUUUAUCCCUUCGACACACAAACAUGUAAAAUCCAGUUCAAGUCCUGGAGCUACACGCAGUGGGAGAUAAAUCUAACCUUUGCUGAUGAUAAGAUUGGGUUUAAGGAAUAUGUGGAAAACACUGUAUGGGAAGUGACGUCAACAGAUGCGGUAAAUGAAGAUUCAAACUUUGAACCCACCAUUGCAUUUAUAAUUAAUCUCCGGCGUAAAUCUUUGUAUUACAUCAUGAAUGUGUUUCUUCCUAUAAUCUUUCUGGGUAUUCUCAGUCCCAUGGUAUUCAUUAUCCCAGCCGAUGCCGGAGAAAAAAUGGGCUACGCUGUCACGAUUUUUCUGACCUUCGUCGUGUUUCUAACUAUUAUCAGUUCAAACCUUCCAGUUAAUUCUGACAGUGUCUCGUACAUGGCUAUGUACCUCGUCAUCAAGCUUAUGUUUGGCGCCAUGAUUAUCGUCAUUACGUCAGUACAAUUACGAAUUAACCGAAGGAAGUCAGAAAGGAAAAUCGGGAAGGUGUACCAAGGUCUGGUAAGGCUGGAGCGUCGUCUGCGGUGUGCAGGUCAAAGAUCGGGCUCGGACCUUCCGGUUACGGAGGACAAAGAAAAGGCGGAGGAGGCAAUGGAUGAGGAUAUAAGCUGGAAUGACGUGUCUUCUGCCAUUGACUUUUAUUCCUUUUGGUUCCUUUUCAUUGCAGAUAUAGCAGUUACUUCCACCAUAUUUACAUAUACUGCAUUGAAUUAG